UUUUUGCAAAGUGUUUUUUCUAAACGCGCAUUGAACUUGCCAGGUGAACUAGUGUACAAUGAAAUAAUUGUGACAAGUUCCUUAGUUGUAAUUUCUUUCACACGCUCCUUUAUAUAUCCUUAGAGUCUUGGACUUCCUUCUUUAUAGAAUAACUUCUGUUGUUAUUUUCUUGCUUUGCAGGGUCAGCUGUAGGGAUUUCUGGAGGUUCUUGUGAUCUACCCAAGAAUGGGGUUGAACAUAAAAGUCCGAAUGCCAGGAAGGAAUCAUGUGAACAAAGCGAAGAUACCUUUUCUGAGGGCCGUUCAGCCAUGCAAGGAGGGAUAUCUUCUCAAUUCGGGCCUGGCCAGUUAGGAUCUCAGACCAGCAGGCGGUCCUCAGGAACCGGCAAAUUUAUUCAAUCUGAUCACUCUGCCUCAGGUUCAAGUGUGUAUCAAGGAAACACUGCUUACAAAAGAAACCAAGUUGGGAAUGCGAAUUAUUUGCUUAAUUUUCAUUAUAAUCCAAUCCCCCGUCCGACCUCUCGAGCUCCUCCUCCUAGAAGGCAAAGGAAGAUAAAACCUUAUAACAAAGACUUAUUUCUGCAAGCAAAUUAUAAAUUUGUUGUGUUGGAUACAGGAAGUUACCAGGUUGAAUCAAUGGAUCCUGAUAAGAUGUUACAAUGGGAAGAUAUUAUCUGUGUACGAUACUCUACGCCAUUUACAGUGAAGUGUCCAAUUUGCUUGGAUACUCCACUUUGUCCACAAAUAACAUCAUGUGGUCAUAUAUAUUGUUUUCCCUGCAUACUCAGGUAUUUGUUAAUGGGGAAGGGGGAUCAUAAAGGUGACAGCUGGGAAAAAUGCCCCCUAUGUUUUAUGAUGAUAUCUUCUAGAGAUUUAUGUACCAUUCAGAUUGAAAAUGUUAAACAAUUCCAUGUUGGUGAUAAUGUCCAUUUUACACUUCUAACUCGCCUAAAAGAUUCACUAGUCCCAUCAUUGAAAAAUAACCAAGAGGAAGGUUCAUUGCAGUAUAGCAGUGAUGGUAUAAAUGACUUGUUCUCCAAGUUCACUUUGACAUCAGAUGUUGAAUUUUCUGCACGAGAGGCAAAAUCAGAUCUCAACAAUUGGCUAAGUAAAGCGGAAUCAGGCUUUAUUGAUGAUUUAGAAAGGCUUCCAUACGUCUGUGCAGCUUUGGAACAGCUAGAGGAAAGGAUAAAAAGUUGGCUGGAGCAACUGACUAUUAGCGGUAGUCCUCCUCUGAAAAAUAGUGCUAUAACUUCCUCUAGAUCAAAGGUGACAAAUAAUACGAAUAAGGCAGGCUCCAACGUGUUAGCUUCAACUUCAGCUUCCAACCAUGCCAGCACAACUGCACUGGAAUCAGGAGGUAGAACCUCUUACAGUGAUCUUAGACAUGUGAAGCUUGAUGAGAGUUCCCAUACUUCAUUUACUCAUGUACCUGAGCAUUCCAGCAGCUCAGAGAAAGGAUUAUUAUUUGAUGAGGAUAGAACUUCUCAGGAUACUACAGAAAGGGACUCAUAUACUUUUUACCAGGCAAUAGAUGGACAACAUCUGAUUCUGCAUCCUUUGAACAUGAAGUGUCUUCUUCAUCAUUAUGGGAGCUACGAUAUGCUUCCACCAAGAAUCAGUGGAGAAAUCUUGGAAAUGGAGACAUUGACUCAAUCAGAAGCCAUAAGAAAACGAUAUCGUUACUUGAGUCACUUCUCUUUAACAACGUCAAUCCAGCUAUGUGAGAUUGAUCUGAGGGAAAUCCUGCCAACUAGUUCUUUCGCUCCAUUCAAGGAGGAAAUCAAAAAGCGUGAAAAAAAGAGAAAACAACUUGCUAGAAAGGAACAAAAUGAAAAAGUCAGGGCUGAAGUUGCGGCGUUAAGCGCGAGCCCUAUAUUUUAUGAUCAAAAUUAUUCACCACCUAAGGAAGCGAAAUUUUCAUCUGAUGAUUUUGAAGCAUUAGGAAACAGUGUAGUACCAUCAACAAGUCCCCCUACCAAUGGAGAAAGAAAGAAGUUCUCUGAUGUAACACGUCUUGGUUUCGCUGCUGCACAUGAUUCCCCUACUUUGAGAGCUGAGGGUUCAUCUGACCUUCUUCGAAACACAGACAAAAUUGACGAUGCUUCGGAUUCUCAAGGCCAGAGGUCUACGUCUACAGCACUAUCAUUUGCCAAUAUCACGUCUUCUGCCAAAGCUACAGGGAACCCAGCAGCACAGAACACUAAUAAUGUACUAGGAAAGAAAGGGAAGAAACAGACCAAGGUUCUUUUAUCAACAGCCGGAGGACGGCGAUAUUGAUGGAAACGAAACAGCUAAGGUUGUAUCAUGCAUGUAUAAUAAUAAUCAGGAGAAUUUUACAACUUCGCAGAACAAGAUGCAGAACUAAAUGGUAACUUUUAAGAACAGAAAUCAUCUUUUUUGCUUGGUUGUGCUGUGCUUUGCGAAUCGUUUUAAACACUAGAAAGCAGGGUGGUGUUGUAACACUAGGGGGCUGUUUGGUUGUAUGUUUUUACCAUGUAAAAGGAUGGAAAGUGUAGAAAAGUGGGUU